AUGUUCAGAGUGUGUCGUUCGUUUUUGCAAGAUAUACAGACACUGCUUAAACUAAUACGACGUAACAACAAGCAAAUUCGUUUGGAAAAGGCAAAGUCAAUGUCAAAUGAUCCAACUUCACCUUCCCACGUGGACUUAGAAGAUGGGGUCCUAUAUGGCUUGUUGAAACAGGUGAAGCAUAAACUGCUUUUACAAGAGUCACAACCUGAGCUAACCACUGUUUGGUGUUGCAAUAUUGAACCUAAACAAACAAAGCUGUUGCUUGUAUUUAUAAGACUGUUUCUUAUCCCAUUUGACAAUUUGCCCUUAUCACAUGUGAAACGGUUCAACAAGAAGGAACUCACAACACCAGAAGGGACUUCAACAGUGUUGCAAGCGAUUUUAUGCUCUAAAGAAUACUUGGAUACGAAGGAAGAAUUACAGAAUCUAUUUCAUGAGCAUACAUAUGAUAAUAAUUCAGAUUUAUCAGAAAUUUCUAUAUAUGAAACUCAAAUUCCAGUUCGACCUCCACCUACGAAAGAAUUAGCAGUAGAGUGGUCUCAAAAAUAUUGGCCAUUGUCCUGGAAGGGGAAUCCUAAUCACCAAUAUUUAAAAUCGGUGAAAUUCAAUAUUCAACGAGAGAAAAGCAUGAUUGGUCAAUUACUCAAGACUUCCAAGGAAAAUGGAGGAUUGCCAGUUACCAUAAUAGCUAGAGAAUCGGAAAGUACUAGCGACGAUCAUGAAAUAUUGGCAAUUGGUACAGACAAUAGGAAACAGCACCCAUUACAACAUAGCACGAUGCAAGCAAUAGCAAAAGUUGCAGAUUCUGAGUUGAAACGCAGAAAUAAUUUAGCUGAAAAUGAGAACAGCAAUUAUAUCCAGCAAGGUAAGGAGGAAAACAAUUACCUAUGUCAUAAUUUGCUUGUUUAUUCAACGCAUGAACCAUGUGUUAUGUGUGCUAUGGCACUUGUUCAUUCGAGAAUAGGAAGGAUCAUUUAUAUGAAAAAUAUGCAAAAUGGAAGUUUAGAAUCAAACUACCAACUUGGAGAUAUGGAUGGACUAAACUGGAAAUUCGAUAUCUGGAGAUGGAUUGGCGAAGAAGAUUUAAAAAUUUUAGCUGAGUUAGAUGCGGUCCCUUCCGAGCAAGAAAUAUAA